CAGGCAUCAGAAAUGGAGGGCAAGAUUGAAUCGGUGCAGGUCUUCGGCCGCAAGAAGAACGCCACGGCUGUCGCUUACUGCAAGCGCGGCCACGGCCUCAUCAAGGUCAACGGCACGCCCAUCGAGCUCGUGGAGCCCGAGAUCCUGCGCGUCAAGACAUACGAGCCCGUGCUCCUGCUCGGCCAGCAGCGUUUCGCCAACGUGGACAUCCGCAUCCGCGUGAAGGGUGGUGGUCACACCGCUCAGAUCUACGCUAUCCGUCAGGCCAUCGCCAAGGCCAUUGUCGCCUACUACCAGAAGUACGUGGACGAGGCCUCCAAGAAGGAGAUCAAGGACAUCCUGCUCGCCUACGAUCGUACCCUCCUGGUCGCCGACCCCCGUCGCUGCGAGGCCAAGAAGUUCGGUGGUGCCAGCGCCCGCGCUCGCUUCCAGAAGUCGUACCGUUAAGCGGCGUCUUCCAGCCGAGGGGUCGCUCCUGUUUCUUCCUGCUCUCAGCGCUUCGAGUCGCUUGCUUCUGGCGUGCGCUCGCUUGUGUCUGCCAUUCGCGUGGCAUGGCGCUCGGCAGCUGUAGACGUCUAAGGUAGCGGGAGCUUUCAAGCCCCAUAAUAAACGUGCGAUAAGUUAGCGGCAUUUUUUCUUG